GCGUUGCCCUAAGGGGCGUGGCCAGCACUGCCUCGAGGUUAUAAAUAGAGCUCCGUUAUAUGUCAUUGCUGCUGCUGCUGCUGUAGUACGUAAAAAAUAUGAGGAGAUCCUGAGCAAGGACAGACAAGAGAACAGGGUUCUCAUACCUUUCACAAGGUGGGAACAGGCUGACAGAUCCAGAAUGGACAAGCGUUUGGUCGAUCCACCGGAUGGUGGCUACGGUUGGGUUGUGGUCACCUCUGCCUUCUUCAUUAUGGGCCUUACCGCUGCUGUCCUGAAGAACUUCGGCCUGUUCUUCCUCGACAUCCAAAGACACUACAGCGUUUGUGCCAGCACUACUUCAUGGGUGACCUCAACCACUAUUGCAGUGUUUCAUUUGGGAGCUCCUCUGGCUAGUGCUCUCAGUAUGCACCUGUCACAGCGGACAGUCAUCAUGAUCGGAGGGAUCCUGGCUACUUCAGGGAUGGUUCUUGCUUCUUUGGACCUCAGCCUGCCAUGGAUGUAUGUGUCUAUGGGUGUGCUUCAAGGGCUUGGUAUCUCAUUAUGCUGGAUACCAGCAAACAGCAUGGUCAGCCAUUAUUUCAAACACUGGCGUCCAGUCGCCUAUGCGGUCGCAAGCUCUGGAGAGUGCGUGUUCGCCAUGAUCUUCAGUCCGUUCUUCCAGUGGCUCAUCGAGAUCUAUUCGUGGCAGGGGGCCGUUCUUAUUAUUGGAGGUCUGCAGCUUAAUCUGUGUGCUUGUGGUGCUUUGAUGCGACCCCUUCCACCAAACUCAGUCAUGCAAAACUCUUUGCAAGACAAACUGUUGUCGGACUCUAAAGAUCAAACAAAACCACCAGUCACUUUCCAGUGGUCUCUGAUUCAGAGGCCCGAGCUGCUGCUAUACAUCGUGUUUGCCAUCUUGGCUGCAGCUAGUUUCUUCAUCCCCCCUUUGUUUUUGGUACCCUAUGCCAACAGCCGGGGUAUGGAGCAGUACUGGGCCGCCUCCAUCCUGUCAGUGCUUGCGUGUGCGGACCUGCUGGGUAGACUUAUGUGCGGAUGGCUGGCGACCCUGCGGCUCGUGAGGAACCUGCAGCUGUUGACCGUGGUAGUAACGGCUGGAGGGGUGGUGCUACUUCUGUUUCCCAUUGCAGAAAGUUACUGGGGCAUUGUGGUCUUCUCCUCACUGUACGGUUUCUUGUUCGGCUGUGUGGUGGCCAUCCACGUGACAAGUAUUGUGGAUAUUGUUGGACUGGAGGGGUUUGACAGCGCCCUAGGGCUCUUCAUGCUGUUACGAAGCUCUGGAGGAUUUGUGGGACCACCUGCUGCAGGCUGGCUGGUGGACUGGACCAAUGACUUCAGCGCAGGUUUCUAUUUGUCUGGCAUCUGUCUCGUCCUCUCCAGUGUAUUCGUGGUGUUUGUUGACAGACUGGUGCAGAAGAAAAAACUCUUUGUCAAACAAGCAGGUUUAUAUACUGACACCACAGAUAAUUUAAACAACAAAGCAAACCAUACAGAUGCAUAAUGGUCAAUGAAGACAAUGUAGAUCUACUUUAUAUUAUAAACUGUGGUUUGUUCAGUUUUGUCGUAGUGUUACCUAGUGGUCAGACAAAUGUUUUACAUCUUUAGCUGCGGUUGACACAUUUUUAUGGGUUUCGUUGGAGUCUUGAAUCUAUGCAGAGUUUUGCCUUAUUUUUGCCACAUUGUGUUUGUCUAUUGUUGUGACCUAGAUGAGGAUCAGAUCACAUUUUAUGGCAAAUCACAGUAGAAAACCAGUUCAUUCUUAGGGGUUCACAUACUUUUUCUCUCCACUGUAUAUUUAUUAAUGCUUUUACUUUGGAAAUGCAAACCUAAAUUAUAAUUAUCUAGAACUAUUACCCUUUAAUUCACAUAAAAAUAAAAAUAGUUUUAUUCACUCAUGCCAUUUCAAACAUGAUUUAAUUUUCAUGUGCUAAACGCAUAUGAGCUGUUUUUUGUUCGUACAGUGGAAUGGAGCGAGGAUCAUAACAUAAAUGAUGUCAUCAUGACUGAAGAACCAAUGAGGUCACUGUGUUAUCAUAUUUGAUUAGCUCUGUAUAUAUGAGAUGCUCUAUACACUGCAAAAAAUGACUUUCUUACUUAGUAUUUUUUUCUUGUUUUCAGUAGAAAUAUCUAAAAAUUCUUAAAUCAAGAUGUAUUUUCUUGAUGAGCAAAAUGACCUAAGAAAAUAAUACUAGUUUUUAGACAAAAAAAUAUACAAUUUAAGUGAAUUUGUGCUUAAAACAAGCAAAAAUAUCUGCCAAUGGAGUGAGAAAAUUUUACUUGAAUUAAGUGUUUAAGAAAAAAGAAAUCUUAUUUCACAAUUUUUUUUCUCACCCCAU